AUGUUGAGACAUUGGGAUCAUAUUCCUCUUGAAAAAGAUUAUGAAGAAAUAACCAUUUGGAAUAAAGAUCAUCCUGAUCACAAUCGAUUUAGAGAAUAUCUUGAACAAGAAGCAGAAACAGAUACUGAUUAUUCACAAAAUCAAGAAGUUAAAAAUAAUAUUAAAUCUGAACAAAUUAAAUAUAUAGUUAAACAAAAUG